CCUUUUCCCUCCCAACUCCCAGCACCCCUCAUUCUUUUCUUUCUUUCUUUUUCUCUCUGGUAAGCAUUAGUUUCUUCACCAUUUUCAGCACCAUUUUCUCUAAUUUUCGAAAAAAUUCCUUUUGACUUAUUUUUUCUUGGUUUUAUGGGAGCUGAAUUUGGCAUCUUGGUGGCAGCCCACUACAUCAAUUCAAGAAGUCAUUUUUAUUUGUCCUGCUAGUUUGAAGUUCCAAGAUCAAAGACCAGAUCGAGAUAAAGUUGAAGUUUUUACAAAUAUAUUUGAAGUUUAUUUUUUCUUUCAUUACUUGAUUCUACGGACUUGGAAAGAAUUGGGAUUAUUUAUGGGAGAUUGGAUAAUUUAUGGUAUGUCCCUAAGAUAAUGCAGUUUUGGGGAACUGGGGUUUGGGUCUCGUGAUUGAUCAGUGAGAAAGCACUAGUGGUUUUUGUGUUGUUAACAGCAGAAAAUGGUCCCCUCCAUUAAGUUAGGCAGAUAAGCAAAGUGGGACCUUGAGCAAAGUUUGAUUUGCUUUUUAGAAGGAAGAAAAGAAAAGGAGUGGGAGAAAAGUUAACUUUUUGAUCCAAUUAUUGAGAUUUUGAUCAAAUUAGUUGUUAGUUGCUAAGAGAUAGCAGUUCUUUUGAAGUUUGAAGUAAACCCUUUUUUAAGAAAAUGUCCCAGAAAGGCCGUGUUUCGCCUUCCUUUCAGUCAAUCAAAUCGUUGCCCGUGGAUUUAAGGUUGAGGGGUUUACCAAAUUCUCAGCAUUUAUUAGAAAAAUCAGGUGGCGGUAUUGCGUCUGAGAGGAAUGUGGUGAAUGGUGAAGUAAUGAGUGAUGCCAUGGAGGAGGGUGUCAAUGGCAAUGUUGAUGUCGAAAAUGAUGAAUCACCAUAUAGUAGUUUGAGUUUAUCAGCUGAAGAAAGGCCUUCUGUUGGUGAUGGUUUGAUUCCAGAGAAUUCAUCUGUUCAAUCUACUGGCCGUUCUCAUGUUGAGUCUAAAUGGACUGACACCAAAUCGUAUUCAGUCAAGAAGAAACUCCAAUCAUGGUUUCAACUUCCUGAUGGGAACUGGGAACUUGGAACAAUUCUUUCAACAGCAGGGGCUGAAGUUGUGAUAUCGUUAUCUGGAGAAAAAAUUUUGAAAGUGAACUCUGAUGAUCUGUUACCAGCAAAUCCUGAUAUCCUUGAUGGUGUUGAUGAUCUUAUGCAACUUAGUUACUUAAACGAACCAUCAGUUCUAUACAAUCUUCAGUACAGAUACAAUCGAGAUAUGAUCUAUACAAAAGCAGGGCCAGUCCUGGUUGCCAUCAAUCCCUUCAAGAAAGUUCCACUCUACGGAAAUAAUUUUAUUGAAGCAUACAGGGUUAAAACCACUGAUAGCCCACAUGUAUAUGCAAUCACAGACACAGCCAUGAGGGAAAUGAUUCGAGAUGAAGUCAACCAAUCAAUUAUCAUAAGUGGGGAAAGUGGAGCUGGUAAAACAGAGACAGCAAAAAUAGCAAUGCAGUAUUUGGCUGCAUUAGGAGGUGGAAGUGGGAUAGAGUAUGAGAUAUUGAAAACAAAUCCAAUACUGGAAGCCUUUGGUAAUGCAAAAACACUAAGGAAUGACAACUCAAGUCGAUUUGGGAAGCUGAUUGAAAUUCACUUCAGUGAAACUGGAAAAAUAGCUGGUGCCAAUAUUCAAACUUUUUUACUAGAAAAGUCCAGGGUGGUCCAAUGCACAGAAGGAGAAAGGUCAUACCAUAUCUUUUAUCAGCUCUGUAGGGGAGCUCCAAAGAGCCUUAGAGAGAAAUUGUAUUUAAGAAAUUGGGACGAAUAUAAGUAUUUGAGUCAGAGCAAUUGCCAUGCCAUUUCUGGGGUUGAUGAUGCUGAACAAUUUCGUGUUGUGCAGGAAGCUCUUGAUGUUGUUCAUGUUAGCAAAACAGACCAAGAAAGUGUAUUUGCAAUGCUUUCUGCUGUUUUAUGGCUGGGAAAUAUCUCCUUUACUGUUCUUGAUAACGAAAAUCACGUGGAACCUGUAGAGGAUGAAGGUCUAGUUAAUGUUGCAACCUUAAUUGGUUGCGGGAUCGCAGAACUAAAGCUGGCGUUGUCAACUCGGAAAAUGAAAGUGCGGAAUGACAUCAUAGUUCAAAAGCUAACUCUAUCACAGGCCAUUGACACAAGAGACGCCUUAGCAAAAUCGAUUUACUCUUGUUUGUUUGACUGGCUGGUGGAGCAAAUUAACAAAUCUCUUGCAGUUGGCAAACGUCGGACUGGAAGAUCAAUCAGCAUCCUUGAUAUAUACGGAUUUGAAUCAUUUGAAAGGAAUAGUUUUGAGCAGUUCUGCAUCAACUAUGCCAACGAAAGGCUGCAGCAGCACUUUAAUCGUCACUUAUUUAAGUUGGAGCAAGAGGAAUAUAUUCAAGAUGGCAUUGAUUGGGCAAAAGUUGAUUUCGAAGACAACCAAGAUUGCCUGAAUCUUUUUGAGAAGAAACCAUUGGGUCUGUUGUCUUUGCUAGAUGAGGAGUCUACUUUCCCGAAUGGGACAGACAUGACUUUUGCCAACAAGCUCAAGCAGCAUCUAAAAGCAAAUUCUUGUUUUCGAGGUGAACGAGACAAUGCCUUUUCUGUAUGCCAUUAUGCAGGAGAGGUCACAUAUGAUACAACUGGAUUUCUGGAGAAGAACCGAGACUUGUUACACUUGGACUCUAUUCAACUUCUAUCUUCUUGCACAUGCCAUCUUCCUCAAAUAUUUGCUUCAAUCAUGCUUACUCAAUCAGAGAAGCCUGUAGUUGGUCCAUUGCAUAAAUCUGGUGGAGUUGAGUCUCAAAAGUUAAGUGUUGCCACAAAGUUUAAGGGCCAAUUAUUCCAACUGAUGCACCGUCUUGAGAACACCACCCCACAUUUCAUACGCUGUAUCAAGCCCAAUAAUUUGCAAUCUCCGGGGGUUUAUGAUCAAAAACUAGUUUUGCAGCAACUGCGAUGCUGUGGAGUCUUGGAAGUGGUUCGAAUAUCUAGAUCUGGUUUCCCUACCAGAAUGUCUCAUCAAAAGUUCGCUAGAAGGUAUGGUUUUCUUCUUUUAGACCAUGUUGCAUCACAAGAUCCGCUUAGUGUUUCAGUUGCGAUUCUUCAUCAGUUCAAUAUUCUACCAGAGAUGUAUCAAGUUGGCUACACAAAGUUGUUCUUCCGUACUGGACAGAUAGGAGUCCUUGAGGACACAAGAAAUCGUACUCUCCAUGGUAUCUUGCGCGUUCAAAGCUGCUUUAGAGGUUAUCAAGCUCGUUGCCAUAUUAGGAAUCUGAGGAGAGGAAUUGCCACUCUGCAGUCUUUUAUUCGUGGUGAGAAAGCUAGGAAAGAGUAUGCUAUCCUAUUGGAGAGGCAUAGAGCUGCUGUGUGUAUACAGAAGCAAGUAAAAGCCAGGCAUACUACAAAAAGAUUUAAAAAUGUUUCUGAUGCAUCAAUUUUAAUCCAAUCAGUUAUUCGUGGCUGGUUGGUUAGAAGAUGCUCAGGAGACAUAGGGCUACUACAGUUUGGAUCAGAAAAGGGUAAUGGGUCAGAAGACGUCUUAGUUAAGUCAUCAUAUCUUGCUGAACUACAGCGCAGGGUUCUUAAAGCUGAAGCUGCUCUGAGGGAGAAGGAGGAGGAGAAUGACAUACUUCACCAACGGCUCCAACAAUAUGAGAAUCGGUGGUCUGAAUAUGAGUUGAAAAUGAAGUCCAUGGAAGAAGUAUGGCAGAAGCAAAUGAGAUCCCUGCAGUCCAGCCUUUCAAUCGCAAAGAAAAGCCUGGCUCUUGAUGAUUCCCACAGGAAUUCUGACGCAUCUGUAAAUGCAAGUGAUGACAGGGAGACUAGUUGGGAUGCUGGAAGCAACUUUAGGGUUUCUGACAGCAAUGGGAUGAGACCAAUGAAUGCAGGUCUAAGUGUGAUUAGCCGAUUAGCUGAAGAGUUUGAGCAAAGAAGUCAAGUGUUUGGUGACGAUGCCAAAUUUUUGGUGGAAGUAAAAUCAGGUCAAGCUGAGGCAAAUCUGGACCCUGAUCGUGAGCUUAGAAGAUUAAAACAGAUGUUUGAGGCUUGGAAGAAGGAUUACGGGUCAAGACUGCGUGAAACAAAGGUGAUUCUUCACAAACUUGGAAGUGACGAGGGGUCUGGGGACAAGGGAAGAAAAAAAUGGUGGGGAAGGAGGAACAGCUCAAGGAUAAAUUGAGUUUAUUUGUUGCCGAGAGCAGAUUGAAUUGCAUCACACUAAAUCUUGUAAAAACAUGCAUUAUAGAUCUUUAGUGAGUGAAAUAUGUCGUAUAUAUUCUUAUUGGUGCAACCAGUUCGUAAUUUGUAAGAAAUGGCAUUCUUAAAAGAUCAAAGCUAUGGUUGAUCACUCCGUCGCUCUCAAUGGUAUUUGUCAUUGUUCA